AUGGAUAAAUACGUGACUGGGUUGAAAAGAAAGUUUAAUGAAGCAGAAAAAGAGGGUGGUGAAAAUAAUGGAAAUGUUUCUUCACAAAAUAGUAAAACUAAACAUAGAAAAUAUGAUCCAAUGUACUUAUCAUUGGGAUUUACGUAUAAGAUCAUUAAUGGUCAAGAACGACCAAUGUGUUUGCUGUGUAUGAAUACUUUGGCCUCAGAUAGCAUGAAACCAAGUAAAUUAAAACGACAUCUGGAAAAAGUGCACGCCGAUCAUGUUGGCAAAACAAAAGAAUUUUUCCAAAGAAAAUUAGAUAACUUAAAUAAACAGAAAGAAUCGUUUUCAAAAGCUUUGUCUGAUUUAUAA